AUGUCCACCAGCAGUGAAUUAGAAGAACAGAUCCGUUCCCAGGACAUCUCGCCCAGAGCCAUUAACCAGCCCGAGGCCUCUGGAACUCUGCUGCUCCAGCUAGAGCCCACACCCGAUGAAACACCUGCUGAAUCAAAAUAUGAAACACCUGCCGAAACACCUGCUGAAACACCUGCUAAAACACCUGCUAAAACACCUGCUGAAACACAUGAAGAAACACCCGAUGAAAGACCCAAGGAAACACCUGAAGAAACAACUGAAAAAACACCUGCUAAAACACCUGAUGAAACAUCUCAAGAAACACCUGCUGAAACACCUGAAGAAACACCUGCUUAAACAGUUGCUAAAACACCUCUGAUGAAAGACAUGGAGAAACACCUGCUUAAAAUACCUGCUGCAACACCUGAUGAAACACCUGAAGAAACACCCGAUGAAACUGCUGAAACAUCUGAAAAAACACCUCCUGAAACACCUGCUGAAACACAUGAUAAAACACCUGAAGAAACACCUGCUGAAACACAUAAUAAAACACCUGCUGAAACACCUGCUAAAACACUAAUGAAGUACCUGCUGAAACACUUGCUGAAACACUAA